GCGCGCAGGGGGGAGAGUGCGCGGCGCCCGAGGCGAGGUCCGCACUCCCCGUCCCCGCGGCUGGCGCAGGACCUCGCCCGAGCGGAGCGCCCACCGGGAGCAGGUCGCGGGGCGGCGGCGGCGAGGAGGCGGCGAGGAGUUGGGGGGAGUUGGAGGCGGCGAGGGCGAGAGCGCCGAGGGGUCCCGGCCGCCCCGCGGGCCCAGGUCCAGCCCUCCCGCCCGGGGGCGAGCGCGCCCGCUGACCCCGGCCGGAGAGCCGCCGCCACAAAGAGCCCGGGCCGGCGCCUGCCCCCAUGACUUCCUGAGCUUGUUCGGUCCCCGCCGAGUCCGCCGCUCGGGCCGAGCCCGCGCCCCAGUGCGUCCCCGUGCAGCCCGCCCCGCGCCCCGCCGGCAUGGACGUCCACACCCGCUGGAAAGCGCGCGGCGUUCUGCGCCCCCGCGUCCCGCCGCUGACCCCGCUGCUCCUGCUGCUGCUGCUGUGGGCGCCGCCUCCGAGCCGCGCAGCUCAGCCAGCAGAUCUCCUGAAGGUUCUAGAUUUCCACAACUUGCCUGAUGGAAUAACCAAGACGACAGGUUUUUGUGCAACACGGCGAUCGUCCAAAGGCCCGGACGUGGCUUACAGAGUCACCAAGGAUGCCCAGCUCAGUGCCCCCACCAAGCAGCUGUAUCCUGCAUCUGCAUUCCCUGAGGACUUCUCCAUUCUGACCACUGUGAAAGCCAAGAAAGGCAGCCAGGCCUUCCUGGUCUCCAUCUACAAUGAGCAGGGCAUCCAGCAGAUUGGCCUGGAGAUGGGCCGCUCUCCGGUCUUCCUGUACGAGGACCACACAGGGAAACCAGGGCCAGAGGACUACCCCCUGUUCAGGGGCAUCAACCUGUCAGAUGGCAAGUGGCACAGAAUCGCUCUCAGCAUCCACAAGAAAAAUGUCACCUUGAUCCUGGAUUGUAAGAAGAAGACGACCAAGUUCCUUGACCGCAGCGACCACCCCAUGAUAGACGUCAAUGGCAUCAUCGUGUUCGGCACCCGGAUUCUGGAUGAGGAAGUGUUUGAGGGUGACAUCCAGCAGCUGCUCUUCGUCUCAGACCAUCGGGCGGCUUAUGAUUACUGUGAGCACUACAGCCCUGACUGUGACACCUCGGUCCCCGACACCCCCCAGUCCCAGGACCCCAACCCAGAUGAAUAUUACCCAGAGGGAGAAGGAGAAGGCGAGACCUAUUACUAUGAAUAUCCCUACUAUGAGGACACAGAGGACCUGGGCAAGGAGCCCACCCCCACCAAGAAGCCCGUGGAAGCUGCCCGAGAGACCACGGAGAUAGCGGAGGAGCUGACCCCGACCACCACGGCAGCCCCCCGAGAGCCUGACCCCAGUGAAGGGCCCGGGAGGGAGGACGAGGACCCUGGCAUAGGCAUAGAGGACUAUGACUACGUGCCCAGUGAGGAUUACUACACACCGCCCCCCUACGAGGACCUCAACUACCACGAGGGCGUUGGGAGCCCCGACCAGCUCCCCGACCAGCUCCCCGAGCACGGCGAGGCUGAAGCCCCCACCAGCACCGCCGGCACCUCCAACUCCUCCAGGCCGGCCCCGCCUCCAGGGGAUGACUUGGAGGGGGAGUUCACCGAAGAAACCAUCAGAAACCUGGAUGAGAACUACUACGAUCCCUACUAUGACCCCACCAUCUCUCCGUCAGAGAUUGGGCCGGGCAUGCCUGCCAACCAGGACACCAUCUACGAAGGGAUUGAAGGACCGCGGGGCGAGAAAGGUCAGAAGGGAGAGCCCGCGAUCGUUGAGCCGGGCAUGCUCAUGGAGGGGCCGCCCGGCCCGGAGGGCCCCGCAGGCCUCCCAGGACCUCCAGGAACGAUGGGUCCCACUGGCCAAGUGGGUGACCCUGGAGAAAGGGGCCCCCCCGGACGUCCGGGCCUUCCUGGGGCCGAUGGACUGCCCGGGCCCCCCGGAACCAUGCUCAUGCUGCCUUUCCGCUUUGGAGGGGGUGGUGAUGCGGGCUCCAAAGGCCCCAUGGUCUCAGCCCAGGAGUCCCAGGCCCAAGCCAUUCUGCAGCAGGCCCGGUUGGCCUUGAGGGGGCCAGCUGGCCCGAUGGGGCUUACUGGGAGACCUGGCCCCAUGGGCCCUCCCGGGAGCGGUGGUUUGAAGGGUGAGCCGGGAGACAUGGGGCCACAGGGUCCCCGAGGUGUGCAGGGACCACCUGGCCCUUCGGGAAAGCCUGGAAGACGGGGGCGAGCUGGGAGUGACGGAGCAAGAGGGAUGCCUGGACAGACUGGCCCCAAGGGCGACCGCGGCUUUGACGGCCUGGCUGGCUUGCCGGGAGAGAAGGGCCACAGGGGUGACCCUGGUCCCUCUGGCCCACCAGGACUUCCGGGAGACGACGGAGAAAGGGGUGACGACGGAGAAGUCGGGCCCAGAGGGCUGCCCGGGGAGCCCGGUCCACGUGGUCUGCUGGGGCCAAAGGGGCCCCCCGGCCCUCCAGGACCUCCUGGUGUGACGGGUAUGGACGGCCAGCCAGGCCCAAAAGGAAAUGUGGGUCCCCAAGGAGAGCCUGGCCCCCCAGGACAGCAGGGUAAUCCAGGUGCCCAGGGUCUUCCUGGUCCCCAGGGAGCAAUUGGCCCUCCAGGAGAAAAGGGCCCCCUGGGCAAACCGGGCCUCCCAGGAAUGCCUGGUGCCGACGGGCCCCCGGGGCACCCUGGCAAAGAAGGCCCUCCAGGAGAGAAAGGAGGCCAGGGUCCACCCGGCCCCCAGGGCCCCAUUGGAUACCCAGGUCCUCGGGGAGUCAAGGGGGCCGAUGGCAUCCGUGGUCUGAAGGGCACUAAGGGCGAGAAGGGUGAAGAUGGCUUUCCUGGAUUUAAAGGAGACAUGGGCAUCAAGGGCGAUCGGGGGGAGAUAGGCCCACCUGGUCCCAGAGGAGAAGAUGGCCCCGAGGGCCCCAAGGGUCGUGGAGGUCCGAAUGGCGACCCUGGUCCUCUGGGACCCUCAGGGGAGAAGGGAAAACUCGGAGUCCCAGGAUUGCCCGGUUACCCAGGAAGACAAGGGCCAAAGGGUUCCAUCGGAUUCCCUGGCUUUCCUGGUGCCAACGGAGAGAAGGGUGGCAGGGGUACCCCUGGGAAGCCGGGACCACGGGGGCAGCGAGGCCCAACGGGCCCACGGGGUGAAAGAGGCCCCCGGGGCAUCACUGGGAAGCCUGGUCCCAAGGGCAACUCGGGAGGUGAUGGCCCGGCAGGCCCUCCGGGGGAACGGGGACCCAACGGACCCCAAGGACCCACGGGGUUUCCUGGACCUAAGGGCCCCCCUGGCCCUCCGGGCAAGGACGGACUCCCAGGACACCCAGGACAGAGGGGAGAGACGGGUUUCCAAGGCAAGACCGGCCCGCCAGGCCCCCCGGGAGUGGUCGGCCCGCAGGGUCCCACUGGAGAAACUGGUCCAAUGGGCGAGCGUGGCCACCCCGGGCCUCCAGGCCCGCCUGGUGAACAGGGGCUCCCGGGCCUUGCCGGGAAAGAAGGGACAAAGGGUGACCCAGGUCCCGCCGGCCUCCCUGGGAAAGACGGCCCUCCAGGCCUCCGCGGCUUCCCUGGUGAUCGAGGGCUUCCUGGCCCAGUGGGAGCACUUGGCCUGAAAGGCAGCGAAGGCCCCCCCGGCCCACCUGGCCCUGCGGGAUCUCCAGGGGAGAGAGGUCCAGCUGGUGCGGCAGGGCCCAUUGGCAUUCCUGGCAGACCUGGGCCCCAGGGGCCUCCCGGGCCGGCUGGGGAGAAAGGAGCUCCUGGCGAGAAAGGUCCACAAGGCCCGGCUGGCCGAGAUGGUCUCCAGGGCCCUGUGGGGCUCCCUGGUCCAGCUGGCCCUGUGGGGCCCCCUGGAGAAGAUGGAGAUAAGGGCGAGAUUGGGGAGCCAGGACAGAAGGGGAGCAAGGGGGACAAAGGCGAACAGGGUCCACCUGGGCCUACAGGUCCCCAAGGUCCCAUUGGACAGCCAGGCCCUGCCGGAGCUGACGGCGAGCCUGGUCCCCGAGGCCAGCAGGGCCUUUUUGGGCAGAAAGGUGACGAGGGUCCAAGAGGUUUUCAUGGACCCCCCGGGCCCGUGGGGCUGCAGGGCCUGCCGGGACCCCCAGGAGAGAAGGGCGAGACGGGCGACGUGGGUCAGAUGGGCCCUCCCGGUCCCCCCGGCCCCCGAGGGCCCUCCGGAGCUCCAGGUGCUGACGGGCCUCAGGGCCCCCCAGGUGGAAUCGGCAAUCCUGGUGCUGUGGGAGAGAAGGGUGAACCUGGCGAAGCUGGAGAGCCUGGCCUUCCUGGUGAAGGGGGCCCCCCGGGACCAAAAGGAGAGAGGGGAGAGAAGGGCGAGUCAGGCCCUUCUGGCGCUGCAGGACCCCCGGGACCCAAGGGCCCGCCUGGAGACGACGGCCCCAAGGGCAGCCCCGGUCCGGUUGGUUUCCCUGGAGAUCCUGGUCCCCCCGGAGAGCCCGGCCCCGCGGGUCAGGAUGGUCCCCCUGGUGACAAAGGUGAUGACGGCGAGACCGGACAAACGGGAUCCCCCGGCCCUACUGGUGAACCAGGUCCUUCUGGACCUCCAGGAAAAAGGGGUCCCCCCGGCCCCGCAGGCCCUGAAGGCAGACAGGGAGAGAAAGGGGCCAAGGGAGAAGCUGGCUUGGAAGGCCCUCCCGGGAAGACUGGCCCCAUUGGCCCUCAGGGGGCCCCCGGGAAGCCGGGGCCUGAUGGCCUGCGAGGGAUCCCCGGCCCGGUGGGCGAGCAGGGUCUCCCAGGAUCCCCAGGCCCUGACGGGCCCCCCGGCCCCUUGGGGCCUCCAGGACUCCCUGGCCUCAAAGGAGAUUCUGGCCCUAAAGGAGAAAAGGGUCAUCCAGGCUUGAUCGGGCUCAUUGGACCUCCGGGAGAACAGGGAGAAAAGGGUGACCGUGGUCUCCCCGGCCCCCAGGGCUCCUCUGGCCCUAAGGGAGAACAGGGUAUUGCUGGGCCCUCCGGCCCCAUCGGCCCCCCAGGCCCUCCUGGCUUGCCGGGCCCUCCUGGUCCAAAAGGUGCUAAGGGUUCCUCGGGUCCAACUGGCCCGAAGGGUGAGGCAGGCCACCCAGGACCCCCCGGACCACCAGGCCCUCCAGGCGAGGUCAUCCAGCCCCUGCCCAUCCAGGCAUCCAGAACCCGGCGGAACAUCGACGCCAGCCAGCUGCUGGAUGAUGGGGCGGGCGAGAACUACAUGGACUAUGCGGAUGGCAUGGAGGAGAUCUUCGGCUCGCUCAACUCCCUGAAGCUGGAGAUCGAGCAGAUGAAGCGGCCCCUGGGCACGCAGCAGAACCCUGCUCGCACCUGCAAGGACCUUCAGCUCUGCCACCCUGACUUCCCAGACGGUGAAUACUGGGUAGAUCCUAACCAAGGGUGCUCCAGGGACUCUUUCAAAGUUUACUGCAACUUCACAGCCGGAGGCUCGACAUGCGUCUUCCCCGACAAGAAGUCCGAGGGGAGUAAAAUGGCCCGCUGGCCCAAAGAGCAGCCUUCCACCUGGUAUAGUCAGUACAAGCGAGGGUCCCUGGGCCCACAGACCUUCUCCUCUCCCUCUGCUCCUGCUGUUUCUCCUCCCUUUCGCCUCUCCUGUGCUCCUCAGAAAGGAACGGCUGGCACGCAGAAGGACCUGCAGGGGACAAGGGGUGGGACGGGGCAGACGGGCCCAUGUCGGCCAGGACCUGCUCGCCUCACUCUGAGGAAAUGGUCCCAGGACACCCGUCUUCAGCACUGGCCCAAAGUGGGCACCUCCCGCUCUGUCCUGCUCCACAGUCACCUGAGUGCGGAGGUGCAGGGCCGUCCAACGGACGACACCAGCUCACCUUCGGGCUCUCCCACGGCAUUAGUUCUAGUUCUCUGUGACUGUCACAGUGGACAGGACAUAGGUGCAGGCCCCUCCUCCAAGAAACAGGCCCUUCUCCCAGGCUGGGCUGCCCUGGACAUGCCACACGGCAAUGAGACCCUUUCCCACUGGGAGGGCAGGUCUCAUGGUGGGGUUUGGGCACUCCAAGCCAGACACAAGCUGCCGCCCGGCUCGGCCGGGCCUUCAGGUCCUUCUGCGUCCAGCACUGCCCGGCCCCCACUGCGCAUGCGCGCCCUUCCUCGAGUCAGUCAGUUCCUCCCAGGAGCACCUGGCAGCCCAGCUGCGCUCUCCUACGUGGACGUCGAGGGCAACCCCGUGGGCGUGGUCCAGAUGACCUUCCUGCGGCUGCUGAGCGCUUCUGCCCACCAGAACGUCACCUACACCUGCUACCAGUCGGUGGCCUGGCAGGACGCCACCACAGGCAGCUACGACAAGGCCAUGCGCUUCCUGGGCUCCAAUGACGAGGAGAUGUCCUACGACAACAGCCCCUACAUCCGCGCCCUGGUGGACGGCUGCGCUACGAAGAAAGGCUAUCAGAAGACCGUUCUGGAGAUCGACACCCCCAAGGUGGAGCAGGUGCCCAUCGUGGACAUCAUGUUCAACGACUUCGGUGAAGCAUCCCAGAAAUUUGGAUUUGAAGUGGGGCCGGCUUGCUUCCUGGGCUAGGAGCCGCAACCCGGCCCCCAAGAGCAACCUCGUGACCUCAGCGCGCCGUCUGCGGGCGUCCUGGACAGUGAAGGCCCCUCGUCCCUCCCCGACCUCGUCUGCACCUCGGCACCGCACUGUGCCAGCCCCCCUACUCAGAGGGAGCGAAGGGAAAGCGUGUGCCCCACCCCGGAGCCGAAUCACAUGACCUAGAUGGCCGAAUGCCGCUUUCUCCAGCCCGUCUGUCUACACCGCACUCCCAGGGCAGGGGACGGCCCACUCUUCCGGCCGCCCAGCUCCCAGGUCACACUCCUGGAUAGUUCACGGGGCUGGGGGCGGGCUGCGGAAUUUGGAGACCGCUUUUUAAAAAAAAUUCAGCGAGGAGAUGUGUAUUUCCUUGACCUUCAAAAAAUGUUCCGAGGUAAGCCCCGUAAAGGUCACCCCCACCCCGCCGAGCCCCGGUUUCCAACUACACGAUCCAUUCACGAUGGGCCAGAUGUCAUUCUGCGUGUGCCUUUCUGAUGGAUUAAAGGUGCUUUUGUUUUUUGUGAGUUUUAAGUAAAUAUUUGUAUUGUAUUGUCAUAAAUGUUCAGUGUCCCCGACUUUCAAUCACGCAUGUAAAGCCAACCUCAGUCCCAUAGAGAAAAUGGGAAGAAAGUGGGGGGGGCGUCCUGGGGUGCAGUCCCAUCACGAUCAGAAAUGGGAAGCCCCCAGCCCCUCCCUGGUCAAGAAUGUGCGACGAAUUGGAGAUGUGCCCAGGGCAGCAAGAGUUCACACCACUGUCUGAAAAACAGGUGGCAGAACCCCUUUCCAGACCAUUUUUUGAUUAGCUCUGGAUUUUUCUUUUUUCUGAAUAGGGAGGAAAAAAAGAAAUGUGGACGUUGCCUUUUCUACAUGCACUCAGAUUAAAACGCAGACUUAAAUUAAUUUUAAUUGCUUCCUUUUUCCGUUUUUCUUCCUACAGAGCUAUGAUGGGAGAAUGUCCAGGGCAGGGAAACCACAUUUUCUGUAGAGGAUAAUUAAAUGAAAAUGGUGCUUAUUUGUACACUUCUCUUGUGGUGCUAUCUGUUUUAAGAUCUCCUGACGGUGACACUGGGGGUGCCUGGCUGUGCCUCGUUCUCCCACCUUUCUUGAUCCUCGGUACUGCCUCCCUAAUCUGAGUUUUUGCCCAGGACAGUAACGUAAACACAUGUCAUUUCCCUUCCCGGAUCACCGGGAGGCCACCAAGCGCGUUGUGAAUAUCAGGGUAUGCUCCUGUGAUCGGGAAACAAACACACAAAAUGCAGAGACACUUCCCGCGUUGGCCGCGGUGUAACGGCAUGUGGCUGCCGGGUGUCUGUGGUGCUAAUUUCUGUGUUUGUCCAGGAACUGAGCUGAAGCUGCCAGCCGGGCUGCCUCCCCUGUGGCCUCGGCAGACAGCCGUGGGCCGCGAGCUCUGCGAGCGUCUCCAGGGCUGCAGCGGGGCUCCUCUCUCCUGCGCGCAGUUUGGAGUCCACCUGCAGACACGCGGGGCACGGGGCGCGGGGCUGGCAGGGCUCCAUCUGGGUGCAGCUCCCUCUCCCUGAGCAGGGCAAGGGGCUGCCUUCCACGGGCGGAGGACCAAGGGGCUGGCGUGGAAAGGCAGUCCCUUUACUGUGAAAAGCUGCCCACUGCAAUGCCCUUUCCUUCCACGACGGGACCCCGUGCAGCCUCCUCGAGAGGAACUGUGACCCCCGCCCCCACAGUUCUGGUGCUGCACUCCACCUACCCACCUGUCAGAACCUGGGAGGACACAGCAAAGCCAGCCAGGAGGACGACACCCCACUCACAAGGACACCCCGAAUUCCCAUGAAAAACGAGUCUUGCUCUCACCAAAGAAAUGUCGGGCUCCAAGAUUCUUUCAAUCUCCGUGCCAGAGCCGUGACUUUCUCAUUCAUCUCUUCAACAAAAAGCCAUAUGUGAGGAUUGUCACGCGUGCCCUGAGGGUUCCAUCUAGGUCAUGUGAUUCGGUUGUGACUUCUCAUCCCUCCUGUCUCCUAUUCUGUCAUUUUCUGCCUCUGUUGGCCCCCUCAAAGCUGUUGUAAUUUGUACUGAAGUCAAGAUACGUCUGUCCCGUUCUCCCCAGACCACGUACGGUAUAUUGCAAUAAAACUACUUCUCAUAUUUGCAGAAAUUUCUUUUGGCGUAAUUUUAUUUUUUUUUCACCUAUAUCAUUGGACACGUGUUGAAGAAAAGAAAACGAAAAUGGUAAACAGAAAACCUAUGGUAGAGAUUCUAGGACACGAGACCCUCUAAAACAGAAUGUCAAAAAUGACACCCUGUACAUUUCCUGAAGAUCCCACAGACAUGUUCGUAACUGUGAUGCCCAGGAAAGGGUGUUUUAAAAUAUUUUAAGCCUGUGUAACAGAUGAAUAAUUGUAAUCGUUUCUCAAUAAAUCAAGUUGACUGUUUCCAACAUAAA